GUUGCUCAUGUGUCAGUUGAGAUUCAAGUGUUAUGUACAGCAACUUUUACGAAGAUCCUACAGUUCCUUUGCCUAUAAUCUGUUUAGAAAAUCUGGAACAACAUGAUAGAAUAUUUCCAAAUACUCUGCAGCAUCGCUCUUGUGCUUCUUUAUCUCUAUUACCAUCACACUUCUAACUAUGAUUUUUGGAAGAAACUUAACAUACCUGGACCAGCACCUACAAUACUUUUUGGAAAUUUGAAAGAAAUAGCCUUUAAAAAGGAAUCGAUGAGUGAGGCUGUGAAGAGACUAUAUGACGAAUUCAAACAUGAACCAUUGUUUGGAAUAUUUGAAGCAACAACCCCUACUUUGAUUGUCAAUGAUUUGGAUUUGAUAAAAGAUGUUCUUGUUAAGGAUUUCCCUAUAUUUGCAGAUCGAGGACUACCUUAUUAUAAAAAGGUAGAACCAUUAGCGGAACAUCUCUUCUUUCUGGAAUCCGAAAGAUGGAAACCACUGAGGGCAAAACUUUCACCAACUUUUACUUCCGGCAAACUGAGAGAGAUGUUUCCUCUUAUAAUAGACUGUGCGCAACAUUUGGAAAAAUAUUUGGACAAAAUGAUAGAGAAACAAGAGCCAAUAGAAUGUCGCGAAUUAGCUGCAAAAUUUACUACCGAUGUAAUCGGUAGCUGUGUCUUUGGGAUUGUUACAAAUGCUCUCUCGGACGAAAAUAGUAAAUUCCGUGAAAUGGGCAGAAGAAUUUUAGCACCAGGUUUUCGAACGACAGUUAGAACUGCAUUAAGGCAGUUCUUCCCUCGACUAUACGUUUUGAUUGGAAAUUAUGUUCAAGCUGUUGGAGUGAACGAAUUUUUUAUAAAUAUGGUAUCUGAUACUAUGAGAUACAGGAAAGAAAAUAAUAUAUAUAGACCAGAUUUUAUUAACACACUCAUGGAACUUCGAGAACACCCUGAAAAGCUGCCAACUGUUGAAUUGACAGAUGAGUUCCUCACCGCUCAAGCAUUGAUCUUAUUCUUGGCUGGAUUCGAGACCUCUUCGACGACUAUAUCCCAUACUCUUUACGAAUUAGCGCAAAAUCAUGAAAUACAGGACAAAUUACGGAAAGAAAUAAAACAGCAUGAUGAAAAAUAUGGGAGAACUUUAACGUACGAUCAAAUUAAAGAAAUGACAUAUUUGGAAAAAGUAUUUAAAGAAACAUUGAGAAAAUAUCCAAUAUUACCUAUGUUACCGCGAGAAGCAUUAAAGAACUACACGUUUAAUGGUACAAAAAUUACCAUACCAAAAGGUACAAAAGUUUGGAUACCAGCAUUUCCGAUCCAUCGAGAUCCAAAUAUUUACCCAGAUCCUGAUAGAUUUGAUCCUGAGAGAUUCACUGAGGAAGCGGUUGCCAACAGACACCCCAUGAGUUUCCUGGCAUUUGGUGAUGGCCCAAGAAUUUGUAUUGGUGCACGCUUUGCGAAUUAUCAAGCCAAGCUUGGAAUUAUAACAAUCCUAAGGAAGCACAAACUUGAUGUUUGCAAAGAAACCGUUAUUCCAUUUAAACAUGAACCGCAAGCGUUAUUAUUGACGCUACAGGGAGGAAUAACCUUAAAGAUAACAAAAAUGUAAAACUAAUACACCGAUUAAGCUCCCCUAGGAAAAAUUUCGUUACAGGGGAAGCAGGUAUUCUCAAAAUAUUAAUUUUGCCUAUAUUAACAUUAACCGUGAUUUUUUGAUAAAAUUUAAUAUAUGAAUAAGAAAUAUAGAUAAUAAAAUAAAUAUCAUAUCAAGUUUUUCCGUCUAAAUGCUUAUACUCAAGUGGUGGAGGGCCAUAGACUUACAGUAAAAGCUGGA